AUGGUGUUCCAGACCCCAUUUGCGGGCCACCGGAUCAACGCGUUUAACCCGUGCUUCUUGUCUCUUAUGUACAUAGGUAUUUCCGCAUUCUUUGGCUUGUUGUGCCUCUUUCAGUUUGCGCAGCUCGCCUCGCGUAAGACCCACGGCAGCUACUUUAGCCUUGAGAACGUAGGCGUACCCCAGUUUCUCCGCGUCGCCUUGACAUUGGUCCAGGCGGUCUUCUUCUUUGCGCUUACCAUCCAUUCUAACGUGCUCUACACCUCCUCGGACAUCCGGACCGCGGGUUAUCUCUUGUCGGCCGUAACCCUUCUCGCUUUCAUCUUGCCCUUGCACGUCGUAGAGACUACCUCCAGCCCUACCGCUUCUGGUGGUCUUCUUGUCUAUUGGCUCACGGUUGCGACUUUCCAGGCCAGUGUAGUUGUCCAGAAUACCACCGAGUGGAAGAUCCUCCCGGGCACCGAAACGCUCGAUAUUCUCAUCCUCAUCAAUGCCGUCAUCAUUCUUGUUUUGGAAAACUCCUACUGGUCACCAGCUAAACGUCUUAUUGGUUACUACACCAUCCAUUCGCAAACAUUGACCGUUCCUAACAUUUUCGAGUACAUCACAUUCAGCUGGUUGACCCCGCUCAUUACCAAGUCUUACAACGACGGGACCCUCGACGAGUCGAUGAUCCCCGAACUUCCACCGGCCGUCAACGUUGUUAAUAACGCGGCCAAGGUCUCCCAGGCAUGGAAGAAGGAAACCGCCAAGCCAUCUCCCUCAUUGGUCCGCGCUUUGGUCAAGGUUUUCGGGUGGGACAUGGCCCUCGCGGCGGUCUUCCAGAUGGUGGAGUGCUGCGUCAUGUUUAUCCAGCCGCUCCUUCUCCGUAUUUUGAUCCGCUUCUUCUCCACAUAUCAGAACGAACCCGAAACAACCCCACCGUUGCUUUUCGGGGCCGUGAUCUCGGUCGCGAUGUUUGUCAACUCCAUGCUCGAGCUCCUUUCUUUCAACUUCUACUUUGUCCGGGUGUUGGAGCUCGGGUUCAACUGCAAAACCAGUAUGAUGGCCUUGCUCUACACAAAAACGUUGAGGAUGUCCUCCGAGGCCAAGCUGAAGAGCAGCGACGAUUCCGAGGACGCGGGAGGUGACGUUGUCAACCUCGUGUCUGUGGACGUUGCCAACCUCCAGAACAUGUCGCAGAACGUGCAAUCGUUUGUGUCGCUUCCCUUCAAGUCCACGUUGUGUAUCAUGUCGCUCUACUACCUCAUGGGCUGGGCGGUGCUUGGGGGCGUGGCAGUGCUUGUGCUCUUGGUGCCGGUGAAUGUGCUCAUCGCGCGCAAGAUGGAGAAGCUCUAUGGGGUCCAGAUGAAGACCAAGGAUUUGCGGACCAAGGCCAUCAAUGAGCUCCUCACGUCCAUCAAAUCCAUCAAAUUGUACGCGUGGGAAAAACCGGUCUUGGAGAAGAUUACGCAUAUCAGAAAUGACCUCGAGUUGGAAAACAUCCGCCGCAUCGGAAUCUUCGACUCCAUCACCGUCUUCUUCUGGGAGGGUCUUCCGUUCCUCAUCACCUUUGCGACCUUUGCGACCUUCCUCGUCCUUGGAACCGCCCCGUUGACCCCAGACAUCAUCUUCCCAGCCUUGGCUUUGUUCACCAUCAUGGGCGACCUCAUCUACGAGAUCCCCGGGCUCAUCUCUGCGAUCAUCGAGACCAGAGUCUCGCUCGUCAGAUUGUCUGGCUUCUUAGCCUCUGGUGAGAUUGACACUGACUUGAUCGAGAUAAGCGACUCGCAAACACUCCGCGCGGGCGACGAAUCCAUCCGUGUGCUGAACUCCACGUUCCUCUGGAGCAGAAUUGAGGCCAAGGCGGACGAAGAGGCCACGGUGGAUCGCCUGAAGAUUGCCUUACACGAUAUCUCCUUCUCCUCCCACAAGGCCCGGUUGACGUGUAUUGUGGGGACUGUCGGCAGCGGUAAGUCCGCCAUGUUGAAGGCGAUUUUGGGCGAACUCCCACUCCUCAGCGGUUCCAAAGUCAAGAUUGACGGUUCGCUCGUAUACUGCGCGCAGUCGCCGUGGAUCAUGAACGGGACGGUCCAGGACAACAUCACCUUUGGGUGCCGUUUUGACCCAGACUUUUACGCCAAGACGGUGGAGGCGUGUGCCUUGGGCCCGGAUAUGAAGGUGUUCCCUGAUGGCGACAAGACCCAGGUCGGAGAGAAGGGGAUUUCGCUCUCGGGGGGCCAGAAGGCACGUAUCGCUAUUGCGCGUGCGGUGUACGCGCGUGCAGACAUCUACUUGCUUGACGAUGUGCUUUCUGCUGUUGAUGCCCAUGUGGCACACCACCUCACGACCCACGUAUUGGGUCCGCAGGGGUUACUCGCAUCCAAGACAAAGGUUUUGACGACGAACGCGAUUCCAAUCUUGAGUCAUGCAGAUGAGAUCCUUCUCUUGGAGGGGGGAAAGAUUGUGGAGAGAGGGAGCUACGAGGAGGCGGUGCUGCGGGCCGAGGGGAUCUAUAACUUGAUCAAGGAGCACGGCAUUGGCAGUGCCAGCGAAGCAGACUCAGACACCACCAGUUUGGUUGAGGGAGCGGGGUCUGCUGAAGGAUCUUCUUCCGCGUUGAUUGACGCUGAAGGACCAGAUGGCCCUGAGCGUCUUGACCAGGACACUUUGAUCGAAAUUGCAAAACUCGAUAAUCCUCGUCGCGGUAGUCAGCCCACCUUGAGACGCGCGAGUAUGGCUACUUUCGAGAGAAAGCCCCGUCCUAAGGAUGAUGAAGACGAGCGCAAGACCGCCCAGGCAUCGGAAGCAUCCGCGACCGGUUAUGUCAAGUGGGAGGUGUACAAAGCAUAUGCACGCGCGUGCGGGAUUUCUUCGUGUAUUCUCCUCACAGUGUUUGUGAUUUCUAACCCGAUUCUCGGACUUGGUAGCAAGUUGUGGUUGAAGCACUGGUCCGAGGACAACGAAAGCAACGACGGCAACCUCGACGCGUGGUUCAACAUCGGGGUGUACUUCUCGCUUGGUUUAUCCUCCUCUUUGGGGUCGUAUCUCCAGGCGUUGGUGAUGUGGUGUUUGUGCUGCCUUCAGGCAUCAAAGGUCUUGCACGAAGGAAUGCUUGCGGCAGUGAUCCGCUCGCCGAUGUCCUUUUUCGAGACCACGCCUAUUGGCCGUGUAAUGAACCGUUUCACGUCUGACGUGAAUCAGGCGGACAACGGGUUGCCCCGGGUGUUUGACAUGGUCAUUUCCACGUCUGUUGAGAUUGUGAUUGCUUUCAUUGCCAUUACAUAUAUCCUUCCGCUCUUUGGGGUAUUUAUCGUGCUCAUGCUCGUGUUCUACGUCUACUACCAGAAUUAUUACCAGGUGACGUCGCGUGAGUUGAAGCGUAUCACCAGUGUCACCUUGUCGCCAAUCUUUGCCCACAUUCUGGAGACUUUGAGCGGAAUUGACACCAUCCGCGCAUACGGCCAAACCGCGCGCUUCGAGUUCCUCCAUGUGUCCAAUAUUGAGAACAAUUUGCAGUCGGCGUACACAAACAUGUCGUCGAACCGCUGGAUUUCCUACCGUUUAAGGGUGUUAGGUGCCAUUUCGUUGUUUGUGGUGAGUUCUUUGUGCAUUUUUUCCUUGACCACUGCGAGCCCAAUGAGCUCCGGGAUGAUUGGUUUCAUUAUCACAUCCUCCGUGGACGUCACCAUGCGUUUGAGUUGGUUUGUUCGGUUAGCGGUGGAUGCUCAGACGAGAAUUGUCUGUGUUGAACGUAUCAUGGAGUACAUCAAGUUGGCCCCUGAGGCAGAGCCAGUGGUGGAGGGCAAGCGCCCGCAGCCCCAGUGGCCGGACCAGGGUGAAAUCAGCUUUGUCAACUACACCACACGCUACCGUGAGAACCUUGACCCUGUGUUGAACAGCAUUUCGCUUGACAUUAAGCCUCGCGAGAAGGUUGGAAUUGUAGGGCGCACGGGUGCUGGUAAAUCCACAUUGACGUUGGCGUUGUUCCGCAUGAUCGAGCCCACCGAAGGCCACAUCACUAUCGAUGGCUUGAACACCAGCGAGAUGGGGCUCCAUGACUUGAGAAGGAACUUGAACAUCAUUCCGCAAGACUCGCAGAUCUUCCAGGGAACUGUCAGGCGCAACUUGGAUCCAUUUGACCAGCACACGGACGAUGAGUUGUGGAAGGUGUUGAAGUUGGCGCAUUUGGAUGUGCAUGUCGCAUCUAUGGGUGACGCUGGUGAAGAAGGCGAAGAAGGCGAAGAAGGCGCUGCCGUUGGCUUGCUCGCUAAGCUCAAUGAAGGGGGCUCCAACCUCUCUGUCGGCCAGAAACAGUUGAUGUGCCUUGCGCGUGCGUUGCUCAACACGUCCACUGUGCUUGUCCUCGAUGAGGCCACGUCCUCCGUGGAUGUCCAAACCGACAAAAUCAUCCAGGAGACAAUCCGCAGCGAGUUUGCUUCCAAGACAAUUUUGACCAUCGCACACAGAUUGGACACCGUUAUGGACUGUGACCGUAUUGUGGUGUUGGACAAGGGUGAGGUUAAGGAGUUUGACUCUCCUGCAACCUUGUUGGCUGACAAGAACGGGAUCUUCUACGGCUUGUGCGAACAGGGUGGGUACUUGAAGUAG